AUGAGACAACCGUCAACUCACCUCUCGAGUUCCUCGAACACGCCAGCAAAGUGGGCGAUCAUGUCCCUGACUGAGAAGCCGACCGGGGGAUCUCAUCCCUCCAAAAUCCCGAGAUGGCGCAUCAUCUUCGACCCAGGCUGUGUUACUCAGUCGGUUAUCGACCAUGAAUACAAUGGCUCUGGUACGGAAGAAGAUCCAUACCAAGUCUCUUGGAUCGAGAACGAUCCGCGGAAUCCUAUGUUAUUCUCGCCGCUGUCCAGGUGGCUUAUUACGAUUCUUGUCGGAAUCGAGACUCUCUCUGUGGCUUUGGUUUCAUCUGCUUACUCGGGCAGUAUUGAGGAGAUUAUUGCUGAAUUUCAAGUGAGCGAAGAAGUCGCUCUGCUGGGAAUCUCGCUCUUCGUGUUGGGAUUCGCCGUGGGCCCCUUGCUUUGGGCGCCCGUGAGUGAGUUAUACGGACGUCGAUAUGUCCUCAUCGCAAGUGCAACAGGGCUGGUAGCCUUCACGGCAGCCACAACGGGGUCGAAGAAUAUCUGGACCUUGAUCAUCCUACGAUUCUUCGGAGGAUGUUUCGGCUCGGCACCGUUCGCUGUCUCGGGUGCUGUCAUCGCAGAUACAUUCCCUUCUAUUAUUCGAGGCCUGGCCAGUGGACUAUACUGUGCUGCGCCUUUCCUUGGCCCUAAUCUGGGUCCCAUUGUCGGGGGCUUCCUGUCAGAGGCCGCUGGCUGGCGAUGGGUCGAAGGCUUAGUCGCGUGUUUCUCAGCACUCUUUGCACUCGUAUGUCUCUUCGCUUUGCCAGAGACAUACGCGCCUGUACUACUAAACAAACGUGCGGCCCGACUCUCUUCUAUUACUGGCCAUGUCUAUCGGAGCAAAAUUGAGAUCGAGCAAGGUGUUAAGCACCCAGCGACAGUCUUCAAAAUUGCUAUUUGUCGGCCGUGGAUACUGCUUUUCCGUGAACCAAUUGUUCUCCUUUUAUCGAUCUAUCUUGCCAUCAUUUAUGGAAUCUUAUACCUAUUUUUCGCAGCCAUGCCUAUCGUCUUCGGCAAAGAACGCGGCUGGAGCGAAGGAAUGACCGGCCUGUCAUUUUUGGGCAUAUUAGUCGGAAUUCUUCUCUCGGGCGUCGCUACAUUUCCAAUGUACUACCGGUACAGACGAAGAGCCCUCUCAACCGUCGGAAGAGUACCCCCAGAAGCUCGAUUACUGGACACCUUCAUUGGCGCUAUCCUACUACCACUUGGCCUGUUCUGGUUCGCCUGGACCAACUCGCCUUCCAUCCAUUGGAUGGUCCCGAUCGCAGCUGGCGUUCCAUUUGGAUACGGCAUGAUCACCGUAUUCCUGCCAAUCCUCAACUAUCUCAUUGACGCGUACACUAUCUAUGCAGCUUCUGUACUGGCUGCUAAUGCCUCGCUGCGCUCCACAUUCGGCGCCGCCUUUCCACUGUUCACCACGCAGAUGUACAAGAAUCUCGGCAUUCAUUGGGCGUCUUCUGUCCCGGCGUUCUUGGCUCUUUUAUGUGUGCCUCUCCCGUUCUUGUUUUAUAGGUAUGGCGCUGGUAUCAGGAAGCGGUGUCACUAUGCCGCUGAAUCUGAUGCUGUUAUGGAGAGGUUAUACGGGAAACCUGCUGUGCCGAAUUCAAGCCCGAAGCCAGGAUCAACCGAUUCCUCGGAUUGA